UCUUUCAGGGGCCCUGGCACCUGGAAAGCAUUUAUCGGUCAGCCGUGCGGCAACGUAGUACAGUGCGAUAUAUAUUAACCGUACCGUAAAGUGAAAUCUACCGUACCGGAGACAGGCGUAGUUGGCGCAUGCGCCGUACGAGCGCAUCGCCUAGCCGCCAUUGUCGCUUCAGAGCUCAACCGCAGCGGACACGAGUGGUUUCUGCGAGUGAUUUCUUCUGUCGACUACCGAGCCAUGCCGAAGGCGCGCGCGCCGGUGCGCGGCCGCGCAGUGAGCCAGCCGGACGGCGCUGCGCGCGCCCGCCGCCAAUCCACGCGGCGCCAGUCCGGCGCGUCAGUCCCCGCCGGGCCCCGGCGGCGAGCAGCCGCGCCGCCCCGCGGCAGACAGCCGUCGGAGCCAGCCGCUACGCAGCGGCCCGCUGUCGCCGGGCAGGCGGUCGUGCUCGACGCCGCUCAGUUGCGGGCCGUCGUCGCAGACGUCGUGCGGGACGCGCUGCUGACCGUCGGCCCGACCGCUGCCUGUGGCUCUACCGGGCUCGCGGGCUGCCGCGACGCCGCCGGACCCUCAGCACAGCAGGAUACGCCGCCGACCACUACACGUUCGCCAUCGCCGCCGCCGGCGCUGCCGCCGCCAAUGGCACCGCCGCCGCCGCCUCUACCACCACCAUCGGCGACACCUCCGACCGGCUCUCCGCCACAUCUGCCAGGCACGCCGUAUUGCGAGGCGGUGGUGGACAACCUGGGCCGCUGCUGGCCGCGGACGCCGGCCAACGAGCGGCGAACGGUGCUCUGCAGUGACGUCAUCCGACAGGAGAUGGUCAACAUCGGGGCGCCGCACCUCCCCGAGAUCAACAUCUCCAGUGAUGCCGUGGCGUUUCGGGAGUGUGAUGCCACCGGCCACUGGAAAGGAGGUGGAAACUGGACAAACUACACACUCUGCAUGGGACCUCUGGACGAACUGGAGCAGGUGGACGACGGCGGCUCCAGGGCCCUGCUGACCUACAUCACGUUCUUCGGCUCGCUGGCCUCGCUGGUCUUUCUCUCCGUGGCCCUCUUCAUCUUCUGCUACUUCAGGUGUCUCCAGUGCAGCCGAUUGUCUGUUCACAAGAACCUGAUCGUGGCGCUGAUGCUGUGUAACAUCCUGAUGAUCAUCAUGACGGAGCCUUUCAUCACUGGACGCGGCGGCGGGACCUACAGGGACGUGGAAUGGCUCUGCAAGGUGAUCGUGUCACUGCAGAUGUACGGCCGUAUUUCGGCCAUCAUGUGGAUGUGGAACGAGGGUUUCUUCCUACACUCCCGCAUCACCGUCUCCAUCUUCGACUCGCGCGCGCCCUUCAAGUUUCUCCACCUGGUCGGAUGGGGCCUGUCUGCCGUGUUCGUCAUAGCCUGGGCGCUGGUCACGGAGCGGGCGCUGCCACACAACUGUUGGAACGGAUACGCUCAGCUGCCAGAGGUCUGGCUUCUCAUCGCCCCGAUGAUCACAGCGCUGGGGAUCAAUAUGCUCUUUCUGUUCAACGUGGUGCGCAUUCUGGUGACAAGGAUGAGGAAUAACACUACUAUGGAAAUGGAGAAAAUCAGGAAAGCCAUCAAGGCCACGGCGAUCCUGUUUCCACUGCUGGGAAUUACGAAUCUGUUCUUCUUUAUUCGACCGUCGGACAACAGAGACUCAAAAUACCAGGUGUACCUGAUUACAAACUCCAUUCUGCACUCUCUACAGGGCAUCUUCGUCGCCAUCCUGUACUGUUUCCUCAACUCGGAGGUGCGCGUGGCCAUCCGCAAGAAGUACUACCGCAUCAUGGUGACGCACAACAGCAGUCGGUGGUCGCGCAAAAACUCGUGCCGCACCUCCACACUGUUCGUCUCGCAGGCCGACCGGCUCUGCUGCCGCCCCCAGAAGUGGACGACCAGCUGCAGGGGCGGGGCCGCCGCACCCACUGAGGUCAAGGCAGCCGGUCAGCAGACCAACUGGUCGCGGCGGGCCCCGCCGCAGGGCGAGACGGAAAUCUGAGGCGGCCAUCGCACCACGGGAGAUGACGAGAGAACGAGGUAAAAGUGUCGCGGGGUGAGCCUCUUUGAGGCUAGCAGUGCGGGUUGCCGGAAAGAAACUGGGACGAAGUGAUAAAAGCAGCAGGUGGUGGAAACACUUGGCACUGAGCCUCGAUAACGCUAUCAUUGACAUACGAGCCCGCUGCCUAAACGUCCCCAAGAGUGCUAGGUCUGGGAAGCAGUACUGAAGCUCAACACUACAACCGGAGAUGGCGAGCUUCGUGUGAGAAGCCCCGGUGCGGUAGCGAGAUCAAAUGUCACAAUCCAGUCUGCGGAAACUGGCCCCGGCUCGUAUUAAUAUCGUUACGCCGAAGCACCGGACAGAGGACUCUUGCUGUAACAGCGGGGAGACCCCUCGUACUAUCGGAGAAAAUAACGGAUAUUAUUUCUGAUGAUGCCACUUCGGGGAAUAUCGCAUCCCAGGAGCGUCACCAAGCGUGUCAGUGUGCGCCAAGCUCCGGCGUGCGAGCCGGUACAUUUCGCGUGCACGCAGACGCAACAUGUUUUAAACGGCAGUGUCACGUGUAAAACGAAUGUAGACAUUCGAUGAGGGAAUGAGCAAUGCACUGGGCAAUGGACCCUGCGAGCAGCCCAGUGGGCUUCUGUCGGGAAGAAUCAUUACCGUCAUCUCUAGUAUUGCCAGCACACGAUCAUCUCUUGAGUGGCGUGACGUUCGAUACGUGAACUCAGCGCCGGGACACCUCGCUCCGAUGGCGAGUGUGGUGCGCCUGCUGUUGACAUUGUAAUUCUCCGCGAGGCCACUCACCAUCGGCGCUCGAGAUUUACAACCCGCGAGACGCCCGCAUACUUGUGAGGGCGAGUGGGAAACUGUGUAUCAGGUCUGUACGCGCUGCUCAGAGUAUGUCGAUCUCUGAUUGAGACAUCAGGACAACCUUGCAUGUGUAAUGCUGAGCUUAAGCGCAAAUGCAUGAGUUUUGUCUGUGUGAUAUGUGCGUUGAGGUGUAAAGCGUUGAUCUGUUACUUACGAGACGAGUGUGCUUGCGAGUUAUGAAACAUACACGUUACGUGCGUCUUAGAAAUGGUGUUAACGGAUCUGACACACCCUGAUGAUAUUCUUUGCGAUGAAUUGCCGUGCUGUUCAAAGAUCAAAGUAGCUAGCUGAUACGUGCAUAGCUUUUCCCAGCCCAUGCGAGCACCUCCGGCUUGUCCUUCAAUAGGCAAGCCAGUAACGUGAACAGAAAUGUUCAACCAUCAAAAUUAUGCGGAAAUGAUAAUGCUCAGAAUGGCAAAAGCUACUGUAAAAUCGCCGCGGCUGGAAUCUUUGUCAGCAUCACUAAGAGAAGCAUGCAGAGUUGUCAGCCCAAGUGAUCGAUCCUAUGUUCGUAUUUAGGCUUUUGAAGGGUUUUCAUUAUAGGUUAGGUAUAUCCGGUUUCAGCAAAUGUCAUAAGUUGUGUUUGAUCUCCUGGAGCAAAUGUUUCUGUUGGCUCGUUAGCGCUAUGUCAUGUUAUAUGUUAAUCAGGGCGUCAUAGCUGAACGAUUUUGCUUAUUUUCCGGCAGAUUUGGUUUCAUUUGAAUCCCGAACACAUUGCACAUUAGAAUGCUGAUCGAUGCUGCGACUGAAUAGCAAUUGCUAUGCUGGCUUAUGAUUCGUUCGUCAUUCAUAAGCCAUCUAGUCAAUUACCACGAUUUGUGUCAAAUGCAACACGCAUGUCGCAUUUUAUAUUUGAGUCUUAUAGGUACGCAUACGAUCGUAUGAAUCUUUGGGCUACCUAAGAUUUAAACGAUCAUGUGAUUUGAAAUGUAAUGCCAUGCUGCGAAUAAGUAGAUCGACUUUUUCUGCCAGUGUUGCGUGUGGACAAAUAGUCGCCCCUUGAUGUCGGUGUUGGGUGGCCCCGCUGCGGGAUUGCCGGGUGUUCAACGGUGUCCCUGCUGAUUGGUGACGUCACUACGAUGACGUCACACUAAGUGAUGGCGUCGCACUGUGUUCUGAUUGUCACUACCACGUCCGUGUGAGCCUCUCCAAUCACCGUCCUACCUCGGUCUAUUCCAGUCAAGUGUCCCAAGACUGCAGACGUUCCAUCGAUAUACAUUGCAUGCGUCUUAUCUCUCUAGUCCACCGCCCUACCUUUCCACGCAAUCAGCCGUCCCAAAUUUGACCUCUCCACCUAGUCCACGUCUGACAUCCACACAGUCCACACAGUCCACCGUCGCGCGUCGGCCAGUUUUUCUUCUGACCUUUGCGAAUGCUCCUGUCAGAACGAUCCACGCCGCUCGGUUGGACUCAGAUGAGGCCAUCACCCCUUCCAGUCUUCUGGGACGGUCUGCAGGGGCUCCGUGCGUGGGGAGCGUUCCGAGCCCCUGCGGCCGUCCCCAGUCCCACCCCUCCAUCCCCUCUCCCCUCCCCGUCCCCCCGACCGGUGACGCAGUGUUGUGGGAUCAUGGUGCUAUCUGUAUUCGAGGCGUGUCGGCCGGCAGUGUGCUUCUGGGUCCAGUCGACGGAGAUUGGACAGUCAGCAAAUACACUGGUCCGAGCGCC